GGAUUGUGUCUCUUGCCGAUCAGGGGACGCCUGUGGAUCUUGUUUCCGUGAAUAUUGACAAAAAUAAAGCGUAUUUCACGUAUCUGCUCACUCACCGUAUCAGUCUGUAUGCAUUUGCGCGCGCACUGGGAGUUUCCGUCAAUCUACGGAUGAGACACCGUUGGAAGUCAGAGCUUCAGGGGCACAACUUUUCUGAUUCAUUCGUCUCAGAGGACCGGCAAUUUUAGUAAAACGAAGGAAAAACACGACAAUGAUUCUGCGACGGGGUCAUUCACAUGGAUUUCUAAUCCACCUGUUUCUGCUGGUUUUAUGGCGUGCAUGUUCUGAGACAGAAGUAUCCGGCUCAGAUGCUUUCAAAAACAACAUUACCCUCUUCACACGGAUCUUGGACCGGCUUCUGGAUGGCUACGACAACAGGCUGAGACCUGGUCUCGGAGAUCGAGUGACAGAGGUUAAGACUGAUAUAUAUGUGACCAGUUUUGGGCCAGUGUCCGAUACAGACAUGGAAUACACAGUGGAUGUGUUUUUCCGACAGCGAUGGACGGACGAGAGGCUCAAGUUUCAUGGGCCAAUGAACAUCCUGCGUCUCAACAACCUCAUGGCCAGUAAAAUCUGGACUCCAGACACUUUCUUUCAUAACGGCAAGAAAUCUGUGGCCCACAACAUGACCAUGCCAAACAAACUCCUGCGCAUCAUGGAGAAUGGCACCUUACUCUACACCAUGAGGUUGACUGUUCAAGCUGAAUGCCCAAUGCAUCUUGAGGACUUUCCAAUGGAUUUCCAUUCAUGUCCACUUAAAUUUGGAAGCUAUGCAUACACCCUGACAGAAGUGACGUACGUUUGGACACGUAAUGCCACCCUGUCAGUGGAAGUGGCUCCAGAUGGAUCUAGACUAAACCAGUACGACCUGAUGGGACAAACAGUUGGCAAAGAAACCAUCAAGUCCAGCACUGGUGAAUAUACAGUAAUGACUGCCCAUUUCCAUCUGAAGCGGAAGAUCGGAUACUUUGUGAUCCAAACGUACCUGCCUUGCAUUAUGACCGUCAUCUUAUCUCAAGUCUCUUUUUGGCUCAACAGAGAGUCAGUUCCGGCACGCACAGUUUUUGGUGUGACUACAGUGCUAACCAUGACCACUCUGAGUAUCAGUGCGCGAAACUCUUUACCGAAGGUGGCCUAUGCUACAGCCAUGGACUGGUUUAUCGCAGUGUGCUACGCCUUUGUUUUCUCUGCUCUCAUUGAGUUUGCAACAGUGAACUACUUCACCAAGCGCGGCUGGGCCUGGGACGGCAAGAGCAUUGUGAAUGAUAAGAAAAAAGAGACGUCUGUUAUGAAAAAGAACAAUGCAUAUGCAGUCGCUGUGGCAAACUAUGCACCCCACAUUGCGAAGGACUCGGCUUUGCCCACUGUCUCUAAAAGCGCUACACCAGAGCCCAGUAAAGCACAACCGGUGGCUAAAGAAACAAAGAAGACCUUCAACAGCGUCAGCAAGAUCGACCGUAUGUCCCGCAUUAUCUUUCCAGUGCUAUUUGGCAGCUUUAACUUGGUUUAUUGGGCAACGUAUCUUAACAGAGAACCUGUAAUUAAGAACAUGGUGCCCUCCCCGUGAGCCAUUAGCUAUUGCGAAAUACAAUCAAUCACAGUAUAAUACAUGCAAAACGGGAUACAUGAUAUGUAUGAAAAUCCAAAAACCAAAAUUUUGUACAAAUUCCUCAGUGUACUUCUGAUAUUUCUGUAUCGCAGCAUUCUGAAGUGAUUGCUCUGUGCAGCCUCCUUAAAAUCUUGCCACUGCCAGGACAAUUUAGCAUAAUUUAACUGGACAAAUCAACUUUUUUUCACAGCUU